CAAGGUCGUUUCAGCCUCAGACACAACAUUAUUAACUUCCGGAGUUUGCUUCCGAUCAGUCAGGUAUGAUCUGAACCAGGAGUUGAUUACACCUCUAAUACCAUAAUUUUCAAGUUUAGCUAACAAAAUUUUAUGGUUAACAGUAUCAAAAGCCUUUUUGAGAUCGAUGAAAACACCGCACGAAAAUUUACCGUUGUCCAUGUUAUGGAGAAUUGUGUUAACAAUAUCAAGUACAGCAUGCUGAGUACCGUGCUUACUGCGAAAACCGUAUUGCUGAUCAUAGAGAAUGUUGCAAUCUUUGACAAACUUGGUAACUCUGGAGUACAUAAGUUUUUCAAAAAUCCUGUUAUAAAUCGAGAGCAGAGAAAUAGGUCGGUAGUUUUCGGGCAGCGUGUCAUCUUCGUCCUUAAAUAUCGGGAUAAUGUUAGCACACUUUAGUUUAGAUGGAAAAAUCCCUGAGCAAAUAGACUGAUUAAAAAUCGUGGCUAGAGGUAUGGAUAUGACCCUUUUUGCCAAUUUCAGCAGCCUAACUGGAGAUGAGUAGAGACCAUGGGCCUUGUUGUCUUGUAAAACUGAAAUUUCUAAAUUGAUAUCUUCCGGAAUAAUAGGAUCAAAGAAGAAAGUGCGAUUAAGUGGCGGAUCUAAAUAAUCAUAGAAUGUAUUUAUGGUCUGAGGAAUUUUAGAAGCCAGUUUGCUCCCAACGGUGGCGAAAUAUUUGUUAAGAAUAUUGCUUAUUUCCUUCGGGUCACUAGUUGGAACCUCAUUCGCGUUUGAGCGAAUAGAGUUAGUUGAGUUGCGCUUGUUUUUCUUUUUACAGUUUCGAAUUAGCUCGUUAAUUCCUUUCCAAGUUUGACGCAUAUUACAUAUGUUGAGAUCAAAGAAACUUUACUUAAUCUCGUAAGAUAAAUGAUUUUAUUUCUGUAAAAUUUGUAUUUGUCACGGUCUGAGGUAUGGAAGAGGUUAUUCUUUACCCUGAUUGAUUUUCUUAAACCCGCAGUCAGCCAUGGUUUAGCAAGGAAUUUUUGUUUACGUUUGGAUAUACUUCUUAAAGGGGCGUGUUUGUUAAUUGUCUUGUUGACGCAUUUGUAAUACCUGGAGAACGAUUGAUUGGCAUCGGUAUGUUUGCAAAUAUUAUUCCAAUUAAUAUUCUGCAAGUCUUCAAUGAAAGACUUUGCAUUGAAAGUAGAAUAGUCACGAACCUUAGUUUUGUUGUUUGGAAAGAAUGGUUUACGGUGCGACGUUAAUAUGCACAUCUGAGAGAAGUGAUCUGUUGUAUCGGACACGAUAUUGCCGCUGACUAUAUUAUUCUCAGGAUUAUUUAUGAAAAUAUUGUCAAUUAAAGUUGCUGAAUUACCAUAGACUCUAGUCGGCUUAUCAACCACUGGGAACAUUGAAAAACUUUGCAUUGUUUGGAGCAAGGUUUGUGUGUAACUACAAGUUUCAUAUUUUAACAGAUCUAUGUUGAAGUCUCCCAUGAGAUAAAUAUUUUGAUUUUGACGGCAUUGGCGUUGGCAUUGGCCUUGGUGUUUGAAAUCUUUUAAAAAUGCUAAAAUUUGCCGCUACACACUUACCGCAAAAUGACAACGAAAACGAAAUAUCAGCUUUUUAGUAAAAACGUUUGUUAAAAACGUAAAUGACGGUAAGGAUAUGAGGUAAUCCAAGAACUAUAAGUAAUCUUAACUGUUUGUUCUCAAUGCACAAUUGAAAAUGAGUGAAUUUAAGUAAAAUGGCCGGUUUCAAUAUAAGCUUAAGCUUAAAUGUAAGGCAAAGUAGCUCCGACAAAAAGCACAACAAAAGCUUACGUCUCGUUCUGUUUUUCCCUUUCCGCUGUUGUUUCGCUGGCUCUCUACCGUUUUCUUUAUCGACAGUGAGACAAACGAGACUAUUCCACUCCAUUUCGGAAAUGUUUUUCACUUUUUUACCGAGAAAAACCCUUUAAGUAAAACUUUUCUCGUUGAAUGUGAGCGAAGCGGCGCUGCAAGCUUCAAUAAAAGGCGGGAAUUUUGGCGCGAAACUCACACACCUCUGUGGCUUCUGAUUGGACGUAUCAUUUUUCUCACACGUGAAAAGCAUCGUUCGCGAUUCUGAUUGGACGUAUCAUUUUUCUCACGUGUGGAAACCAUCGUUCGCUCCUCUGAUUGGCUAGAACUAAUUUGCGUACAAAAAUUUACGACAUAGCUUUUUGGUGAGUAUUUCUCAGUAUGUAUAUAAUAAAUAUUUAAAUGUUAUGCUUCUAAACACCUUUAGCGGUAAUAAAAGACGCAAAAAUUGUGAAGAAUCAAGAUGGCGGUCUCAAAGUGCCCUUGUUUGACCUUAAGCAAUGUCAUGUUUAGAUGCCCAAAUCUUAUUGGUUCAUACCAUCAACUCAUAGUAACUUAGGUAGGUAGGUAGGUAGGUAGAUUAUUUAUUUAAAACUCGGUAAAAUCUUCAGUAAUAAUAGAGUAAAAAUCUAAUCACAAUUAAUUAGACUAAAAACUAUCGACAUACUGUUUUACAAGACUGCCGAGUGAGAGUCCGACGACUCAAAUACAUGUUUGAUUUGCUCUUUAAAUUUCCUGACUGAUUUAGUUUCUCUCACAUUUUCGGGUAAAGAGUUCCACAACAAAGCACCGCUGUAACUGAAACUUCGUUUCAAGUAGUUAGUACGCGGCCUGGGCAACGUCAAUUUAUGAAAGGAAUUGCGCAAAUCAUAGUCUGUGCUUCGUUCGUGAAAUAGGUUCUGCAAGUACACUGGAGCUUGUGCAUUUAGAGAUUUAAACAUCAUUAUUGCUUUAUGCUUCUUUCUCCUUAUAACUAAUUUGUCCCAUUUGAGUAUAUCAAGAAGCAGGCUCGAGCUAGUCCCAUAGUUGGCCUUUAAAAUUACUCUAGCUGCACGGUUCUGUAACUUUUGUAAUUUGUCACUCAGUUAAUCACUUAAGCCAUCCCAAACAAGGCUACAGUAAUCAAAGUGAGGUUGAAUUAAGGAGUUAUAGACUAGUACCGCAGUAGAUUGGGAGAUAAGGGGCCUAAUACGUCUAAGGGCACCUAUAGCCGAAGUUACCUUCUUACACAAUUCGUUAACAUGAUUAGACCAGGAAAGCCGAUUGUCAAUAAUGAGACCUAAUGAUUUUGCGUGAUCAACAUUGCUGAUAACUUGGUCUUCUAGUUUGAUGUUUAUUUCGUUAUGGCUUUCCGCGAGAAGCUUCUGGCGAGAGCCAAUAACCAUAAACUCGGUUUUCGCAACAUUAAGACUAAGCUUAUUGGCUUUUAGCCAACAGUGAAGGUUCAGUAGUUCUAAGUUAGUCUCUUGUUCAAGGUCAGCUAGAGAGGAACCAGAAAUGGUAAUAGUUGUAUCAUCUGCGAACAUUUUAGCGCAUGCUGAAUUAAGGCAGUUUGGAAGAUCGUUUAUAUAGAUUAAGAAGAACAAAGGACCGAGAAUACUACCCUGUGGGACUCCGCAUCUUAGUUCGCUUGCACUGGACAAUACGCCAUUAACAUAAGUUGCAUUAACAUUGCAAGUUCUUUAGGAUGGAAUCACCAACAACGAACACCUCUCUUUGCUUGCGUUGAGUACUUCGGCCACCACCUGAGUUCCCUUUUGUUCGCUCUGUAUUUAAUUGGCAUGAUGACGACGUCUUCGAUUGUGAAUGUCUCCCGUCUUGGUUUGUCUCUGUCGAAGGCUGGUUUUGUUGGUCACCGGUCUUCUUCUUUUUUCCCACCAAAACAAAAUCUUGAGUAUCCUGGUACUCCGUGUCAACGCGGGAGUUAUCAGGUUGCAUGGCAAAUGAAUUGUGAUACAAAUCUUUGGAGACUAUUUGAAGCGCUAGUUUCAAUGAAUCUCUUUCUUCUCGAAUAGCUUUUAAUUCUUUCUGUAGCUCGGUGUAGUGAACUCUAGCGGCUUGUAAUUCUUGUUGUAAGGUGUGGUUCUCGUUCCUGACAGCAUCAAGUUCUUGCAAAGUCUUCGAGUUAUUUGCAUAUUGCAUCGAUUGCACACAGCUCCAAAGUUUGGUUACCUCAGUCCUUAGGUCGUUAAUUAGACUCAGAAUAUUUACGUCAAGAGAGUGAGGGGAGAUAGGUUUAAUAAAGUGGUCCGUUUCGUUGCUGGAUGUCUCUGAGAGUUCAGGAGUGUCCACUUGUGAUUUGUCGUCGUCCACAACAACAUGGCGGUCGCUAACAACAUCUUCGCUUUCAUCGUUCAGGUCACAAUUGGUUUUACCACCGUCCAUAGCUGCUCGAAGUUUAUCCUUUGCUGAUUGAACGUUGUUUCCUUCAACCUUAUUGGCCCCUGCAACACACAUCCGAACAGAAAAAGCCACAAAGAUACAUACGCUUAGACCACUGAGCGUAUGUGAUGUUAUUUUGAAAAAAUAGCUCAACAAGUACGCGAAUAAUUUUGAAACCGCUCGAUGGAUUUUUAGACUCUCGAAAUUAACCGUCGUUUUAUAUGAUCCUUGAAUUUCAAGAUUAUUGAUAUCUUGUAAGGCAGUAAAGGAAGGACUCCGAUUAGCUAAUUUUUUAUCGCAAAUUUCGUGGUUAUAAUUGAGAGCCUCUCAUUAUACAGGGGCGUUGUCUACAAGUUUCAUUUUCAUGUGAAAAACAGUAACUAACAAUGUAUUUGAAACAUGCAGAAAUGUUAGCUAUUGUUGUCCACGAAAAUAUGAAUUUUGGAGGCAACCCUGAUCAAAAGAAAUUUUCAUCUUUAUCCAAUACAGCUGUGGUGGUAAUGUUUCCAAAUUUUUGUUCCUGCGACCUAGUUUAUGCUCAAACUUGGGAGUUAUUGACCCUGAAAACCUCCAUCGAGCCACCUUAUGGCCUUAGUUCAACCUUUGAAAUAUUUCUCCUUUUCAGGUAGCUUUCAGGCAGCGUGCAUUAUCUCUGCCUUAAUAUCCGCCAUGAUGCUCCUACAUUUUAUAAAGAGCCAUCGGUAAGCAUUUUGUCUUAUCAUAACCUUCUUUUGGACAUCUUCCCAUACUAAUGGUUAAAUUUCUUCCUAUGGACACUUCUUAUUUACGACGAGAUUUCUUGGUUUCUGUAUACAAUUCCUACCUCUAUAGAGUUGAUACCUGUGUAAUUAAGACACUUGUCACCCAAUGUAAAGGUGAUAUUACACGGGACGAUUCGCAACGACGAUUUUUAGCGCUACACAGCGUUGUAACAUUAUUGCGACAUUGUUUCGUAUGGUUACAACAUUGUUGCAAAAUUGCAACGCUGUUUUGUGCUAAAAAUUGUGGUUGCGAAUCGUCCCGUGUAACAUCACCUUAAGGGAAUCCAGAUUCCGGAAUCCAAGAAAUAUUUGUUUCUGGAAUCUGCACUCCGGGAAAAUGUUUCUGUGGAAUCUGGAAUCCUGGGCUUUGGAAUCCGGAAUACAGCUCAAGGAGUGCGGAAUCGCAUUAACGACUGGAAUUCGGAAUCCAGGAUCCUUUUACAAAGACUGGAAUCCACCGAGUUCCUGGAAUCCGGAUCCCAUGGCAUGGAAUCUAGAAUCCAAGACUGUCUUGGAUUCCCUUACAUAGGGCGACACUUGGUAAUGUCUGAUAUUGGUGUCCUUAUUGAAUGAUGGAUUAAGGUCCCUCCAGGAGACAAGUAUUUCUCAACUCACCGAUAGAAAAAAUGUUUUAAUUUAGUUACCGUUUUAAAGCCUUCAAAUGCCAUUCAAACUAGCGAGUUAUUUCUUACAAACAUGUUAAAAUUCACUUUAUAAGUAACCAUGUUGAAUCAUGACGUCAUUCCCUCCAACUUAUUUUGGAUUAAAAGUGACCAUCUUCUUUUAAGAGGUUUGACUGUGUUCCAUGUGUUUCAGAGAUCACGUGCUCCAGCUAUAUAGAGGUCAGAGAACCUUUUACCAAGGUGUUUAUAUCUCCCCCGCAAAACUAGUGGUAGGUAAAGACAUCGGUUGCUUAGCCAUUUUACUAGGAGCGUUCGCAUAAGUAAAAACCCUAGGCGUCAAAAAACCUACAAAGCUAUCAUUGCAAAGUGAUUGAGGAUAAUGGGACCCUUUUAAAAUAUCUGUCAUAUAAAGAAUUCUAACCUUUUUUAAAAGGUUAGAAUUCUUUAUAUGAAAAAGUUCAAUGUCAUCUUUGCAAGUGUUGAAUACAAUUUUUGUAGCCUGUGAGCAGGCUCUCACGCGCGAUUUCUGGGAAAAUUUUAGCGGUGGAGCUACCAUCGCGCGAGGAAAAUUGUUUUUUUUGAAAAGUCAUUCGAACAAGAGAGCCUGCUCGCAGGCUAGAAAUUAAUUUUGGAAUUUUUGCAAUUUUGACGAGAGAAAAACGCUUGUAUUUCCAUCUUAUUGAGUGUGAAAGAAAAUUGUUUAACUUAACACUACUUGGCUGAGGUUGGAUUCUUCAGUAAAAUCCAAGAUGGUGGCCAUUUGAACAAUUUUACAGGUGCUGCAAUGAGCAGCGCCACAUUCUUUAACAUUUGCAUUAUUGCAAAGAGUCUAUUACAGGCCGGGUACGUCAAUAUGAUCAAGCCUUUCCUGUAACUGUACAUGUUUGUUUAGAGGCAUAGCCAUGAAGUUUUUUUUUUUUUUGUUACUUAAUUGCAGGGGGGAAGCCUCAGAUUUUCAGGGUACCAGAUCGCCCACACCGUCGCAGGUAUGAGAGUUUGUCGUUUUGAUAAACCAGAGAAAGAGCGGCUCAGAGACAUACAAACUUUUUUCUAUCUUCACCAGCCCUAUUACCCUGCGAACAAGCUGUCCUGGGGCUCCCGGGGUAACAGUAGUGGGUGAGGAAAAGCGCUUCGGCAGAGCAUGGACGCAGGCUAGCCCUGUUAACUACUCCAUAUUACUCGUCCCCAGUUGUCUUUAUUUGGAUCGCACGCGGAGGACGAAACACAAGAAGCGUGACCGAAAGGAGUGCGAGGGGUAUUGGGAAGGAAAGGUAGAGUCUCCCCUCUUUCCUCGUUCCCAUCACCCCUCACGCUCUCCCUAUCGUUGAAAUGAGUACGAGCCUGAGCAACAACUUGGGGACGAGCAACGCUUAUUUGUUGUUUGUUACGAACGUAAAGUUACGAAAGUGAGUGUCAAAAAUGUUACUACCUUAACAAAUAGUGCACCCAAACUUCAAGGUCCAUAGCCCUUCGGAAUACUCUUUUAUUGAUCUUUUCCUUAGGUAGACAAGAAUCUUUUCUUAGUGUUCUCUGAGCACGUUAGAAUGGCCUGAACUUCAUUUGCUGUAUUAACUUUAGAAUCUUUUUUAUUCCUUUAUUAAGUAACGUUUAGCAAAGAUGUUGGCCUGGCUUUACCGAGUUUUACAAGUUAACAUUUCGAGAGUGUUUUAAAGAGCUUCAAAACAACUCCCAGAAAGUUAUAUAAAAAAAGCUUGUUUUGCCCAAAUAGUGCGAACAGAACAAAAAACGGGAUAACAAAGGCCGGUGAACGAUAGUCGAGUUAAUGAAUUUGGAAUCUGAAGAACACAGCUCACGCUUCCAGUUGCCUUCAGAAAAUACCGCUAUCCAAAAUGAAUUUUCAAUUGAAUUGAAAUUAAAGCUGAACAUCCAUUAAACCUCUAUUAACCGGCGGCGGCCACCUUUUCGUCGUCCAACAAGAGUUGUUCCGUAGUUUUCACCUCUAUUAAGGGGCCAUAAAGCGCUAGGUACAUUUAGUUUUGCUUUCACUUAAGAAUACGAUAAACGAAAAUAGUCCGGGAUGGAAGACGUCGACUGAUUGCGGAUCAUUAAUGCUUCUCCCGUCGCAUAUUUUUUUCAAAAUAAAAUGAUGCUUCUGCUAAAGAUCAUGCUAAUGUAUGACCUCUAUUGAGCCGCCAACCUCCAGUAUGCGCGCGGCCACUUGCCGCUACCUCGAAGGUGGCGCCUGAAAACUCUUUGAAAUACUGGAAAAAGAGGACGACUAUGUUAGAGCUUCUGAUAUUAGAGGGCAAUUCUCAAAAUCGUAACAUGGUGUACUUCCGUGUGAAGUACAGUCUGCCUUCCUGUCUCACUCUGGCUAUAAAGCACACGACAAACUAGAUUGCUUCUAGAAUUUUCUUUUUUCUCUUGUACCCGCCUCGAAUAGCCUUCGCUAAUAAGGCUAAUUGCGUGCACAAGCAUUGUAAGCUAUAUUUAAUUUGAAAUAAAUUUGUUGUUGUGUUUUUGUUGCCUGAAUUGAUUGAAAUGAUGAUGACAGCGACAGUGAUGGUGAUGAUGAGGAAGAUUCUUAUGUUCUUGACCAAAAGGAUCGCAGCCUCAAGCUGUAGACGAGAAUGUAGUUAUCACAGUGAAUUCAGUGACAAGGAGGCAAUAAACUCAGCUUAUGCCCAGCCAAACGUCUUACAACAUAUUAACAAUAUGCUUCGCUGUUUGCUUAAUUUUUGCAGGUUACGUCGUCUUGGCAAUUUUUUUGGCUUUCGUGUGUACUUUUCUUGGAUUCGCCUUCAAGUACGCGAAAGUUCUUUUGACUCGAGAGAUGUGGGAAGUUUACAAGCAGCUGAUAAUUGCAUUCAUGUAAGUUAAAACGUUCUCUUUACACGAUUCUCUUAGUCCAUCUCAAUUUUUAGAAGCCGUAGGAUAGAAGGGCGGUGUUCACGAAGCUCCGAGUGAAGGACCCUUUCCUGUCUUUCUUUUCUGUCUGUUGUUUUUUAGCUUGAAUACUUGUUACUGCAAUUAUCCAACAGAGUCUCGACAACAGAACAUCCACGUGUCCUAAACGUAAAUAGUAUAGUAAACGUGAAAAAGCCUCGGACGCAGUAGAUAGUAUGAAAGUCAACAUCGCAAUGGUCGCGGAUUACAUUCGCACAAAGCUUUAACGCAAAACCAUGUCGUGUUGUCACAUUUAAACCUGGUAUAUCGCCUUUAACGUCCACGAGUUUUCCCAUAUCUCAGUUGGUUAAGGCGCAUCCUUGUGUUUCGAAUAUGGGUGGAUGAAAUCAUAUCGGGGUUGACGGAUUCUCUAUUGAACAAUUCGUCGCAGACGAAGAAUCCGUACGUGAAAACUGGACAGUUUUCAUUUUCGGGAAGUAAACUGUCCGACCAGUUAUAUUCUUCUGUUUUGACGGAUUUGAAGACGGACCAUCCGCCUGAGGUAGAGCCUGAGAAAACAGCCGACAUUUCCCGGCGGCACCAACAGUUUCACCGCGAAAUAAUGUUUGGGGAACAAGCGCAAAAAUUUCAUACUGUUCACUCGACACUAGCCAGAUGUGGAUAGUGCUUCUGAUUGGUUGAAAAUUUACUUUCACCAAUCAGAAGUGCUAAAAGACCUGAAUACGUCACGUCAUCAGUGUGGAAUAUCUGCGCUCAUUCCCCAGACUUCAUUCCGCGGGGAAACUGUUGCUGGUGUCGCGAAAUCUCGGCUGUUUUCGCAGCCUGCCUUACAUGUAUAAUACGUCUAAUGACCUUUGUUCAAUUAUUCUGAAGUGCCAAUGGUUUGCUGCUUUCACACUGGAGACAAAUUAUCUUUCUCAGGUGGAUAGGUAAUCCAUCGUCACAGUCUGUCUAUCCAUUUCUAUUGUGAAAACGGCCAUUGUGGAAAUGCCAGAUACCGUAAAAUUCCGAAAAUAAGGCCCGGGGCUUAUAUUUUUCAAAGGCUCUUUUUGAGGGGCUUGUUUUUGGAGGGGCUUAUAUUCGGAGGGGCUUAUCUACGGAGGGAAAUUUGCGUUUCAAAAACGAUAGGGCUAGCCUUAUAGUUGGAAGGAAAUUUACCGUUUUUGCUUUGUUUUACUUUGUAUUUGAGGGCAAUUUCCAAGUACAAGCCCCCGGGUGGCUUAUAUUUGGAGGGGCGAUUUAACGGAGGGCUUUUUGUGUUAUGAGAUCGGGGGGCUUAUGUUUGGAGGGGCUUAUUUUCGGAAUUUUACGGUAGUUAUUUUGACAUUACCCACUCUUACUUUGCUUAUAGACCAACAGUGAGCACGGUUGUUUUCUUGAUGUUGUUCCAGUUGUUCCUCGCUCUCUUUGUCUUCCGAAACAGAGAUUUUCCAGACAUAACUGUUACUGUGGAUAACAGGUACAGGUAUACCCAACAUGAACAAACAUGCACCACUAUAAUUUGUGUUAAGACUAUAGGCUGUAACCACCCACUAUCAUGCAGAUUUAGCAAAGACAAUGUGACGAUAGUUACGACGGCGCGCGCUGAUCUAAAAAGUGAAUUUUACAGGGCAGAGCGGAUAAAAGAAACCGGAAGCCUUGUUUAGUCCUCUCCACCCGCUUGCUGUUCCUCAGUUACCUUGAGGCUGCUAUUAUCCAGGGGGGAGGGCACUAAAUUGAUUCCAUUUUUAGAGAGUAAAAGUGUCUUUAACGUAUUUGCAGAGUUAAAGUUUCUUCUCUUUUCUGUGAAAUUUAUUAAAGAAAGAAAAAAACGGAAAGAAGAAAUCGCGUUUUAUUUUUACUCUUCAAGUCCAGUAAACUUCUUAAAGAUGUCAUUGUUUAAUUUUUUCCUUUCAGACGCUUGUUUUCCAUUGUGUCAUACUUCUUUUUCUUCUACAACAUAAUUGUUGGAGUGUUCUCUUGCGUCAUGCGUAUUUUGAAAGGAAUGAUUCUGGGAAUUGUGUUUUUGUCUCGCAUUGACCGGACAUCGCUGAUGCAGGGAUUCCAAACUUGGGACCAGGGUAUGUGCACAUAAUUGAAGCAAUAAUAAUGAUGAUGAUGGUGAUGACGAUGACGAUGUGGAUGUUGAUGAUGAUGAAGAUGAAGAUUGAAAAAUGCCAAACCAUUCGUUACUGCAGGUGCGCUUGGGAAGUUGACUCGUGAACUUUGCAAGCAUACCGGCUAUGGACUUGUGAGGGCCUUUGUUGCCAGUUACAGGUCCCAUAUUUCCGUAAAGUAACCCAUUGCAGGUAGUAACGGUGGCUAUGUCGCACAUAGGUUGGCAACAUACAUGUAUGAGAACCAGGCUUAGUCCUUUUAACGUUGUUGUUGUUGUUUUAAUUAUAAGUGCAAAAAACUUGAUCAACUGUUUAAGGCUUCUGAUUCACACCAUUCUACGCUACUUUGUGAUAGAUGUUUAUAAAAUAAAUCAGUACUUCUACAGUACUUUAUAGAACCCUAUUAUCUUCAAGUUUUUCUAUCCCUUUUUUGCUAACCUCAGCCUGUGACUGCAUACUUUAUUUCACUAUAAAAUACAUAGAGAGUGAUUGUAACUUACCUCGCGUCUUUUCUGUUUCCUUUUAGCCUUCGUAGCGUACCUUGGAUUUAUCAACGUUCUUGUGGCGCACAGCCAUCCCGUGAUGCUCGUGUUCUGUCAACUGCUGAUUAAAAGAAAUAAAGAUCGCUGGCUCGAAGAGUCUCUUCCGCGAAUCCAACCACUCGAAUCUGAUGUUGAGUCAGGAGAAGGGAGUUGUAUGUAUUUGCUCGUCAUUUAUACGUAAAUAUUAGAGCCUCAUUUCUCACUCCAAGUUCAUGACAGAAUCUCGCGCCCCCAGAUUUUUCUGACUUUCGUCAGCUCUUGUUUUCUUUUCUGUUAUUGUUCAGGAAAAUGAAUGUAACUUAUCCUUUCAUGUGAAAACAUCUCCUUACUUCUUCAAAUGGAAGUUCACAGACGCAACAAAGGGGGCUUAAGGUAUGAUGGGAGAGGACCAUUAUCCUUCGUUAAGAAUAAACAUCCUGAAUUUGUGUUGGGCAAGAGGUGCUUAAUAAUUUUUUCUUUUCUUUUUCGUAUUCAGGUUACCCUCGAGAAACUCGCCUUCCACGCAUGACUUGUAAAGCAGCCAACCGCUGGCACGUCGCUGUGACACUGCUUCGUAACCCGUCUCUUAUCAAAUAUCGAAAGCAGGGUGGCCAGAGAGUUCUGUAUUUUGAGAACCUAGGAAGCAUCAACAAUGAUGAUUUAAGCGCCCUUGUUUAA